GAGGCACCAAGAGCCGGCAUUUAUAAUCAGGUUUCAAUGAUCGAAACCCACAGGGCGCGCUGCUGAUCAUGGUCCAAGGGCCGUCCUUCGAGGCCAUUGCUACGCUCGGCGAUCUCUCCGUCCCCAUCCAAGAGCGCGUGCGAGUCGCUAGGCACCUGAAGAAUCUCAUCAUCGGCCAUGACCAGCGUAAGGCGCUGGCCGUGCGGCAUGGGAUUGUGCAGCAUCUGGCAGACAUCAUCGCUUCGGGAUCCAAGGGCAAGCGGCGCCUCGAGCUGAACGGUGUCUCCCUCAGUGCUCAUGCCGACCACGCCACUGCCGAAGAAGCCCUCAGACUGCAAGCCAUCCUUAUCAUCGGUAGCCUGGCAUCAGGAGGUCAGGCUCAGCCUCUGUGUGCUGCAGAUAUUCCAAAACUCCUGGUCGAGACGUUACCCGGAGAACAUGCCUCUCGUCUGUCAAUCGCAACGCUGCAGGCAUUGCAGGCUCUUGCCUCAUUCUGGUCGACCACAGACGAAAAUCUAGACUAUGACUUCUGGUCAGCGUUGUUCAAUGAUGAUAGCCUGAACGUGUUCAAGUCCAUCUUGACGCAGAACGUUAAAGGCUCGGCCGCCCAGCAACAGAUUACGUUGGUCGCCGAGCUCAUAGCUGCGUUGCCUGAAGAAGGCUGCUCCGGAUCCAAGGCCCUGCUUACCAGCUGCGGGCUUUUGGACACUCUCGCGGCGCUGCUUGUUUCACACGCUGUCCAAAACAAGAUCGUCUGGUACCGCGGAGACCGCUCUCGCCUUCCAUAUGCACCACCAGGAGAAUGGCUGCCCAGUGUACUUGCAGCUGUAGCGGCAAUUAUUCAUGGCUCCAGCUACCGAGCGCAUCGAUUCAUACUGGCGUCCACCAUCCGAGACCUCUUUUCACAAGCUGAGACCGAUAGCACAGAGCAGCGAACCAUGCUGGGUCCUAGGCAUGGUUUCGUGAGCUUCUAUGAGAGCAAGCUACCUCCUCUGCACGUCCCUGCUUCCAAGAGUGUAUCGCAUGGUUCAGCUUCUGGUGCAUUUCCAGCUUUGAGGGCGUUGCAAAACUCGAAACACGGCAACGGCAACACGGAAGCCUCGGUUCUGGUCAGCGACAUAGAUCACUCGAAUGCAGUCUGUGGGUGGCUCCUGGUGCUCACUCGUUCUCUGCGCGGCUACAACCGUCUUCGUGCUUUGAGACUUCUCGCGCUGGUAUCUAAUGCUAUCGAGGCGGAACCGGCUGGCAUGUCGACGAAGGCAGAAUAUGCUCAGAAAACUCGCGAGCGGCAACGACAGCUUUCCCUACUGGCGGUGCCGUUGGCUGUCCAACUUGUACAGGUAGCCAACGACACUAAGCCCAAGGAUAAGAUCAACGAGCAACAGGAGCUCAAGUUGGUCAAGGAACAAGCAUGCAGUGUCCUUUCAUUGCUGAUUCGUGGUGUCAAAGAUCUGCAGAUCGCAGCCGUCGAAGCAGGUGCUAUCAAGCAUGUCUGCCCUAUCCUGAAGAAGAGCUUCGACAACGUUGUUCCUGCGAAACCAAUGUGGUCUGCACGACCCGGCAUGCAAUUGGACGCGGACACACCAACAUCGUGCCAACCUGGAUCGUUGACCUUCCCGCCCGAAGUUGGACACGCUAUGCGCUGUCGCGAAAGCACUUUGAAGGCGUUGGAAGCCAUCGCUGCCAAAGAAGACCUGCACCGCAAGGCCAUCAUCGACUUUGGGGUCGUAAGCUGCAUCAUUGACUCGCUCAAGCCAUUGCCAGAGAACAUCCCAGUCGAAGCUCAUGGCAGGGCUCAAGUUACUCCCAAGGAUGGCAACACGACUCGAGUUAUCCUUGCCGCGUGUCGUGCAGCUCAAUCUAUGUCCAGGAGUGUCAGCGUUCUUAGGACGAGCCUGAUCGACGGCGGUAUCGCGAAGCCGCUUAUUUCUCUGCUGAAUCACGAGUCGCUUGAUGUCCAAAUUGCUGCCACCGAUGUAUGCUGCAACUUACUACCUGACUUCAGUCCAAUGCGAGAAGACCUAUCAGAGGGCAAUGUCGUGCGUACAUUGGCGGAGCAUGCUCGAAGCAACUCCCCAGAGUUGCGACUUUCCAGUCUGUGGGCACUGAAGCACCUGGUCUACAACUGUCCUAAAGAGGUCAAACUUGCUGCGCUCGAGGAGCUUGGUACCGGAUGGCUGGUAGGCAUCAUCCAGGGCGAACAGCGAGAGACCAUAGGCGGCGGCGUCAGCGUUGGUCUUAGUACUCCCAAUGCUGCUGGAGAGCAGGUGGAUCUGCUCAAUCCGUCUUCGAUGGAGUUGGAUGAACCUACAAACGAGGAUGAUGAAGCCAUGGACGAGGAUGACGAAGACGGAGAAAUGCUCUUCGAUGAGGCGUCUAGUACACACUAUCAAGCUUCGCAGAUGCGGUCUACACUCAACCCCCCGGCCCCUGCUUUCAAUCCUAAACGAUUUCUUUCGAGCAUACGAGAGAUGGAGCAAAGUGGAGAGUACGCGUCGCGAAGAGACGAAGCCAAAAUCCAACAACAGGCUCUCGACUUCAUUCGCAAUUUCAUCAACGGCGAAGACUGCAUGGCACUUUCCGAUCAUCUGAUGAAUGCGAUCGGCAGCGCCAAGGUUUACGAACUGCUCACAGCAAAACUCUCUCCUGUCACUCGCUCAGGUGGACGGCAGGUGUACAACACCACGGAGCUCGUCCUCAGCACUAUCCACGUACUCAUUCAUCUAGCCAAUGCAUCGGCCAAACAUCGAAAAUUGAUCAUUGCGCAAAAGCCGCUGUUGCAGGCCAUGUUGCCUCAUUUCAAUCACGUUGAUCAUCGCGUCCGUGUCAUGAGCGUCUGGGCAGUGAACUCGCUCACUUAUAUCGAAGACGGGGAUGACAGACGCGACGCUCGUCAAAGGUCUCAGGAAUUGAAGGCCGUGGGCAUCGAGCAGGCUGUGAGAGCACUGCAAGGUGAUCACAACCUCGAUGUGCGCGAGCGCGUAAAGACUGCUAUCAGACAGUUUGAGACGCUAUAGAGAAGCUUAACAGUGUAACAUUAGACUCGAACAACUUUUCCGCCC